GCUAUUUCAGACGUUCCCCAACCAUCAAACCAGCCCCCGUAUGAUCCUGAGCACCAUCAUUGAAAUUGGUAACACACCUUAUUUAUCAUUUCCGAAGUUUCUUUGCGCUUUUACACCUCCAAACAGUCAUUGAUGAUGGGUGCUACACAAUGGGCUCAAGAUUCCAUAAACCAGUUUUUUCAAGAUUGUGAAUCUCCAAACCAAGCGCAAUGCAAUGAAGUCGCCUUGUCUCACACCGGCGCUUCAUCCAUCCAGCCAGUGGGCAUCCAGAGCUCUUUAAGCUAUACCACUCUUUGCACAGGUGGCUAGACGGGUGAAGGGGGGCAGGUUGUAUCUUUUCGUCUUCCAGACUCUUGGCUUGAUAGCAAUACAGUUGAGCUUGCGAGAGAAAUCCAUGUCCAAUUGGUGCCUGAGGCAAGAUAUUGUAGUACAAUCGGAGAUCAACCACUCGCUAUUUUCAUUAUGCCUUAUUUACCCGGCAUUUCCUGCCUCGAGGCUCUUAGUUGUCAGGUUAUCAUGAAUACAGAUGAUGACAUUAAGCAUAUUAAAUUCAUGAGUAACCUAGCUAAGUUAGCAUUCCCUCUCAUCUCCAUGCAUGGACCGAUACUAAAAUUUAUAGCUUCUUCGCAAGAUGUUGGCGCAACUAACAAUCCAUCGAUUCCAAAGUGCUGGCCCAACACAAAGAUGCCAUGCUUCGUAGAUUGCCAAACCUCCGGCAGUCAUACACUGUGCUCUCAAGCUCAUUCAUAGCUCAGUUAGAGCUCAUCGUACCGAUUCUCUUCAGCCCAGACUACCCUCAAGCCCUUACGCACGGCGACCUCUCCGUGACUAAUAUUCUUGUCAAUGAGGAGACGUUUGAAAUUACGGCAAUAGUUGACUGGUCUCUAGCAACCGUUUUACCUUUUGGUAUUGAGCUGGACAUACUUCGCCUCACGACAGGCUAUAUGGACUCGGAGGGCUGGCACAAUUAUAGCUGUCCGAACAAGCUGACUGAAACUUUCUGGACCGAGUUCUAUGCUCUCUCCGGAGCUGGAGCAAGUCUACGUAUUCUUGCAGAAUUAGCAGCUAAGCUGGGCGCUGUUUUGCGGUAUGGAUUUCAGCGGCAUGCGAGUGGUGCGCCAACCGAGGUGGUUGCUGAAGAAACUUCAAGCUUUUUAAAAGGCUGGGCUGCAGAUUAUGCUCAUACUUGACCAAGGCAGCAAAGCACCAUUUUCUUAUCGUUUUUGGCACUCGUCAAUUACAAUCAUAGAGUACGCCAUGUCUCCUUUUUUGUUUGUUUGUUUGUUUGUUUGUUUAAUUGUUGGCCAUUAUCAGUGCAGGAAUAUGUAGGACGGCUAGGUGAUGGGGCUCUUAGCAGUUUUUAUGUGUGGCUAUGCUACCUGGGGAUACAGCAUACAGUUAAAUGAGGAAAU